AUGAAACUGGCAUAUGGACCAUCCAAACUGUCCAUGACUUCGAAAAGUCCUGCUCAGCGUUUCAUCCCCGAGCCUCGACAUCGACCACCGUUUAGAAAAUUACCUCCCGAAGCGAUGCGCCGUCUUCUCUGGUUGAAACACCUCAACGCGUACUACCCAAUGCUGGGCCCAAUCGAAGGGGAAUCCCACAUGCCUAAUGCAGCGGACUCUGCGGGCCGCACAUUAGGCCGCCAUAAACGCUCAGACGAUACAGAGAUUCCGGUCGUGUUCGAGUGGAUUCCUUCCGUCCCCGAGGGACUCAUCAUCUCCCUCACGCAGUCGCGCACCGAACUCGCGACCAACCGAAUCUGCCAGCGCCCGGACGAGGUGCGCACUCUUCGCCUUUUGGGCUAUUUCCUUACCGAUGGCCCACGCGCCGCGCUCAUAUACGACUUGAACUACGUCCCGACCAACCUUCGCGAUGUAAUCCAACAAAUCACCAAGCCCUGCGCCAAUGACCGCCGCAAACUGGCCAAGCUUGUCGUCAAUCAAGUUCGGUCUCUCCACGUCCACUUCCGCAACAAGCAUCUCGCGCUGCGCACCAGCAGCUUCGUGUUCCUUCGUUCGCGGGUCACCAAUCCGGCCGAGAGGCCUAUUCACGGCCUGGAUCUCGACAAGCCGUUGCUUCUUGACUGGGGUCGGGCCGACCUUCCCGGUAUCUACCAGCACCCCAAGUUCAGCGCCGCCGCCAAGCUCUAG